GGUUCGAAAUGGUGGGGAUAGAGCGUCAGUGGAGGCGGCAUCCUUUAAAAAGCGGUCGCACCCAGUUGUCCUCACAGAUGAGUCGAUCCAGUCCUUCGUAAAGCAUCACUCAUAUCCGGGAGAAAUUAUUGACAAUCGUUUACCGUCACCGUUCAUUAUUUUUUAUUUAUCAUUCGUUGUCUGUAGCUUUUCUUAGCAGUUAACAUAAAUAUUUCCUCGUUCUUGUUGCUUUUUGAUUAUUUUAUUUAAUAGAGGAAUUUGUUUAAAUAUUGUUUUAAAAUUUGUUGGUGAAUAUAGAAAAAUAAUAAUAAUAAUAUUUUGUGUGUUAACGGUGAAAGUUUCUUGUUAUAAAUCAUCUUCGGAAUUUGAUGAUAAACUAUUAAUUUUGUGAUAUAUAUAUAUUUUUUUAAAAAGAUAAAUAAUUUUCACGGUAGAAGACCGAAAAAAAUAAAAACAUUUUAAAGUUCUUCCGAGUUUCUAAGGAAGAGUAACAAGUUACUUGGACGGAACAACGAUUUGAUCAGUGACUCCAACGUCUUUGUUUUGUUGCAAAAACUUUUAACUGUUCCGAGAAAAUCAUCACAAUGACCGAUUUCCCUGGUAUUGGUAUGGUUCCAUAUUACAAUCACAUCGUUUACCGUCAGCAGCAGCAAUACCCGCCACAGCAAGGGUUCCCACAACAAAUUCAACAGCAUGCACCCACGCAACAAGUACAGCAGCAUGCUGUUGCGGCUGCAGCGGCGGCUGCAGCAGCUGCAACGGAUUCCGCACAACAAUAUUGGUAUACAGGCUACCCUCACGGACAUCCUCAACCGACAACGCACCAUCAUCAUCAGAAUACCGGAUCGCAACAAUAUUUCGACCAUGCGGAUGUUUUCACGGGUUGGACGACUCAUCCUCACACACAUCAUUACACUCCACACUUCCAAUACCAGCAUCAUUCCACUUAUCAGCAACCUCAGAUGCAACAACAACCGCAACAACCUUUGCAGCAGCAAAUACAACACCAUCACCAUCAAGUCCCAUUACAGAGAUCUCCGAUGAUACAACAACCUCAACUUCAAAGGUCACCAAUUCUACAGCAGGCACAAAUGACUCAAACAGGUGUUACACCUUGGGUCGGUCCUCUAAGUCCGCCUACUACCGUUAGCGGUAGCGAAAUCAGCAGUCCUGGUGCACAAUCCGUAUCACCGGCCAUGAACAAUAAUAGUUAUAGUUGUAAUACUGAUGUAAACAACACACAUAGUAAUAAGGAGAACAACACAAGGCCUGGAAUGAACAGGAGCCCGUACGAAUGGAUGAAAAAGUCGUCCUAUCAAAGUCAACCCAACCCAGUGUGUGACGUAGCCACGGCCUGCAACGCGAGUCAGGCUACGACGCUUCACGAGCUCUGCACCCUCGACGGCACCGGAAAAACUCGGACCAAAGACAAAUACAGAGUGGUCUACUCAGAUCAUCAAAGGCUAGAACUUGAGAAGGAAUUUCAUUUUAACAGUUAUAUUACGAUCCGACGUAAAACAGAACUCGCCAGCUCUCUUAAUCUUUCUGAACGUCAGGUAAAAAUUUGGUUCCAAAAUAGACGAGCAAAACAAAGAAAACAAAUGAAAAAACGCGAAGAAAUGGAACAAAAAUUAUUAAAAACUACGGAAACACUUACUUUGGACGAAAGGAAAGCACGCGUGGAAGAUAGGAUCUGGUGGAGUUAUCUGCAAUAAAAAUAGGAAAAUAAAUAGAUGCACUUUGCAACUAUGUGUAAACACUGUAUAUAUAAAUAUAUAUAUUAGACAUGAAUAUAUGUAAGACUUUAGUAAUUUAUGACACGUGUAGUUAGGAUGUAUCAAGGCAUCGAUCUAACGAUGUCUUUGCAUUGGAUUUUAAAUUUUGAAUUUUAAUAUACUGUUCUUAAACUUGGAAAGCAAAUGAAUUGUUAUU